AUGGAGCCGAUGGUGCCCAAGACCGAGGACCUGUGCCCGCCCAGGCCGGGGGGCGCGCCGGAGUUCCACGGCAUGGCCGGGUACCCCGCACAGCCCAAGCUGGUGCCGACGAUGAUAGUGUGGAGUCAUGGUGGUAGUGAAGUUGCGGUGGAGGGCUCUUUCGACAACUGGACCAACAGACAAACCUUGCAACAGUCUGGCAAGAACUUCACUGUUGUCAAACUGCUGCCGCCUGGUGUGUACCAGUACAAGUUCAUCGUUGACGGCGAGUGGAAGUACGACCCCAAUCAGGCGGCCAUGUACGAUGAAAUUGGAAAUGUGAACAACGUUCUGGAGGUGCACGAGUUUGUGCCAGAGAACAUUGGCGGUGUCUCUGGGUUCGACCCUCCCCCUUCCCCACCCUCCAGCUACAACAACCUUGAGCCUUGCAGUGAGGACUACUCCAAGGAACCGCCUCAGAUGCCUCCGCAUCUGCAACUUGCUCUGUUGAAUGUUCCACAGCCCAUUGACACGCAACAGGCGCUGCCCAGGCCGUGGCACGUAAUCCUGAACCACAUGUACGUCCAGAAGGGUUCACCGAACGUGAAUGCGCUCGUCCUGGGCACGACUCACAGAUAUAAGUCCAAAUACAUCACCACUCUACUGUAUAAACCCAAGAGGACCUCCCCUCAGGAGCAGGAGCAGUUGGACGAAAUGUAA